AUGCAAAUACAAAUUAUAUUGGUAGUAUUGUUUUUAUCCGCAACAGCAAUUUUAUCUAAAAAAGUUGAUGAACAACAUUGUGAAGUUUGUGUCAAAGCAAUUACAGCAUUUGCAGAUACUUUAAGUGAUGACGUAAAAUCUAAACCGGAAAAAAUCGAAAAAGCAUUCAAAACUUAUUGUAGUAAAGUGAAAGUUGAUUCAAAAGAACAUCGGCUGUGUUAUUACAUUGGAGGUUUAGAAACGUCUGCCACGUAUGCGAUACCCGAUGUUUCCAAACCACUUAGUUGGGGUAUUCCUAUCGAAAAAAUAUGUCGUGAACGUUUAUUUAAAAGUAAUCCACAGAUAUGUGAUUUGAGAUACGGUGAGGAUCAACGUGAAAUUGAUUGGAAUGCUGUUGAUUUGAAUAAACUUAAAGUGAAAGAUUUGAAAAAAAUUUUAAGUGAUUGGGGCGAAACAGCAGAUUUUAUUGAAAAAUCGGAAUUUAUUAAAAGAAUUAAUGAAGUUAAAUCAAAAUAUGUUACAAAACAAGCAGAUAAAAAAGAUCUAUGA